CCCUCUGCCUUCCAGGUACUUGAGCUCAUACGCAACCAGCAUUUUGCUCGACAGCAGCAACAAAUGCAGCAGGCGCACCAGCAGCAGUCGUUCGGCCUCGGUGGCCCAAUGAAUGCUAGCGCGGGGGCGCCAGCUAUGCCGGACCAGGCGGGGCACAAUUUUUCUCAGUUCCAGAAGCAAAUGCAGCUGCAGGCCCUUGCUCGUAACCCUGCCAUGCUCCAGGCGAUGCACAACCAACCCAACCUCAGCCGACAACUUGAUCUUAUGGGCCUCGCACGUCAGACGCAGCAAUCGAACCAAACCACCAACGCUUCAGUAGCGGCGCUCCGACAAUUGCAACAGCAGCACCAGCACCAGCACCAGCACCAACAACAACAACAACAGCAGCAGCAGCAGCAGCAGCAGCAACAACAACAACAGCAGCAGCAGCAACAGCAGCAACAGCAACAGCAGCUGCAAGCGGGCAUGGGCAAUCAGAUGAUGGGGAAUCCGGGGCAGGGCGGUUUCUUCAAUAACAAUUCUAUGUCACAAUCGUCCGACAACUUGACCGGGCUUCUUCCCAACGGAAUGGCGAACCAACGUCCGACCGUCAUGCAACCAGGUCUCUCGAUGGCACAGAGACCCCAAGGGCAACUCACGCCUCAGAAUGCAGUCGCUAUGUUGCAUGCGCGACAAGCCGAGACCACGGCGAAGCUCAAUGAGUUGCGCCAGAAGGAGGCUUUGUUGCAAAGUACGCAAAUGAACAAGCCUGAACAACAGUAUCGAGCCGAGUUGCACGCCAUUCAGAACGAGAUCCAACAGCAUCUGUCACUUAAUGCGAGGUUACAAUCGAUGUGGCAACAGCAAGGGGUUCGCCCGCAGCCGAGCAUGUAAGUCGUCGUAUUUUAU